AUGUACUUUAUCCGGGCCUACAGUCCGCCCCCGGAGACAGAGUCUGCGAUCAAAGCACACAAAUCUCAGGACUCGACGACCAGCGCGAAAGACACCGAAGCGACUCAAUCACCGACGGUAAAACUAUUUGACCGACCGGACACACCACGGAUGGCGAUGCGGGUGCUGUUUGGCGCGUGGUUCACAACGUACGUGGUUUUUCACAUGGAAUUUCUCAAGUUUGCCGUAACCUAUUUCCAGUACUCCCGACUCCACGUGUCGGCACAGACAGCGGUGGACAUUAUCACCGUAUCGGCCGGUGUUUACACCGGGUUCACCGCUUUGAACGCCCUGAUCACACCCCGUCUGGGCGUAAACAAGGUGAUCUACGCCCAUUACACCUUGGUGGUGGUGGCGGCGUUUAUGCUUAUAGCCGGCAUGUAUAACGUGGUGUGUCUAUGGGUGGCCAGUGUUGUGAUGUGUUGGGGCUUUUCGGCCAUGUUUGCCGGUGUCUAUGCGUUUACCGAACAGUAUAUGACCAUCACGAAUAGGUUCUCUACCAUGCUCAUUAUGAGCAGGGGUGUAUUUACUCUGCUUACCCCGUUGCUCCUGGGCGAGUACAUACCGACCCAUCCCUACGUGUUUGUUGCCGUAGACUUACACAGCAUUAUAGUGGACGGAGAGGAAGACACGGAUGAGAUACUGACCGACACGGAAGACGAGGAUGUGUUGGAGAGCGCGCGGGAAACACCGGCGCCCAACAUCACGUGCAACGGUACGUUCACAGGUGACCAUGGUACAAUCACGACGCCCGGCCAUCCGGGGCCCUAUCCCAACAAAAUCACGUGCGACUGGAGUAUUACCGUUGCGGACGACAUGCGAGUGCUCUUAAUUGUCAAAGAUGUCCACUUGAGGGCGUUUGACAGGAUAUAUGUUUAUGAUGGCGCUGGCUUAAAUGGCAGAUUAUUGACCUGGUACAGACGCUAUCAGGGUAAUAAACAUAUUGUCUCGUCAACCAAUCGCAUGUUUAUUAGAUUUCUGGCCGACACACACUAUUAUACUAAAAUGGGUACACCCUUUGUCCUCACAUAUAAAGCGGAGAAAUACGGUUGCGAUCUAGCGCUAAAUGAUUCACAGGGCGUAAUACACAGCCCCGGAUACCCGACCGGGUAUUACGAGAAUUUGGUGUGCGAGUGGAAUAUACUCGUACCCCUCGGGCGUAACAUAAUCAUCAUGUUCGACGACUUUGAGACCACGGAUGAGCUGGAUUAUUUGCAUAUUUUUGGCACAAACAUCCGGGUCAGUGGCGCCACAAUACCGGCCAACUUUAUCACCCACUCAAAUAGGCUACGGCUUCGGUUCGCCACACAUUCGCAUAGCGGGUACAGCGCCGGCAAAAGAGGGUUCAAGAUAUCGUACAAGACUAAAGUGUGGGAUACAAACACCGAGUUCCUAUUGGCCGCUCACAACGCUAUCGCUAGGGUUCGCUCAAACCGUACCAAAACCAUAGCGUUCAACGGACACCGGGUGUCACAUCUCAUUGACCACGACAUCGGGCGCCAGCGAGUGGUUUGGUUUGACCGGCAAAAGCACCGCUUUGUCUACAUGACAACAACGUCUGGCAACUCUACCACAACCGCUGGUCAACAACAACAACAGCGGGAAGUCUACGCGGGCGCCGCCGGGCGGCCAAACAGUCUGGCCGUCGACUGGAUCCGAGACCGGCUCUAUUGGCUAGACAUCAUGUCUAAGACAAUCAAACUCUUGGAUUUCGCUGAUCCCAAGACACAGGUGUACACCGUAUGCGACGCCGGCGGCGAUAAUCCUCGCGAUCUGGUGCUGAACGUUGCCGUUCGGGCACUGGUUUGGAGUACAAUCGGCACAUCACCCCAACUGAUCCAAUCGCAACUCGACGGCAGUAAUCAGACAGCGCUGUAUGACACCGGACGACAGGCCUAUCAUCUGACGGUCGACUAUCAACGGCGGCGGUACUUCUUCGUGGACAUCGAUGACUGGUUUCUGUAUUCAAUCGACUUUUUGGGAUCAGACGAACGGAUGUACAUCAAGUCCAGGGAGUUCUUCGACGCCGUGCACACAAUGUUCGCCCUAAACGGUGACCUAUACCUGGCUAACGAGCACAUGGUGUAUAAAAUACCCGAAAUUGAGCUCCGAAUCGAGAGCGUACAGGUGCUCUACAAGAGUCACCGCUUUAAUGUGACCACAACUGGUCAGACGGGUUGGUCACCGACGGUGGUAGUGGUCGCCGACCAGUCCGUUGAUAUCGAUCGCCAAGAGAUUAAUGGUUUCCGUAUUGCGGAUCCGGCGUUACAGCCAAUGGCCAACGACUCGGCCAGCGAUGGCUGUCUAUUGGCCACCAAUUGCCCGAACCUAUGCCUACCGGCCGCUGGUCUGGAAUACAGGUGUCUGACACCCGAUAGUGAGCUUAUGAUGAAUAGUGCCUACGAUUACUAUUACGAUAGACCGGUGGAUAAGCUAUCGGUGGUUAACUCGGUGUUUAUCGCCCUAUUAAUUGUGGUCAAUGUGGUGCUAGCCUUGUUUCUAUGGAGGAUUAAAGUGAAUGCCAGAUCGGCAGCGGACACCCCGGUGCUCAUGUCUGGUCUGGUUAAUAAUGGCGGCAAUCAUGUUGGCCACCACGAGGUCACGAGCAGAUCUAAUGAGAACUUGCUGGAAAGCCUGGAGAUAUUUUAAACGAGAAUGACCA